UUGAAUCACGGAGGUUGUGGGAUUUUGAGGUUUGUUAAACCAGAAAAAACACAAGUCCGAGCGUUCCAACCCUCAACACAUUAAUUUAUUAGAAUAACAGAGCCUAAAAUGAUGAUAUAACCAUUGGCGUUGUCUGAUAUGGACCAGGGCUAUAUUUAGAUAUUCACUCUUCAACCAAAACCCACACCAAGAAGGUUAAAGCUUAUAGCUAAUUAGCAAGAUUUCAUAGGUUAAAUCAAAUCUACCCUCGCUUAGUCACCUCCAUGCACAUGGGUUUCCAUCCUCCAAACCAACAGCCUCUGAUCUUUAUGAUCUGUAUUGAUUUGUUUUCUAUUAUAGCUUCAAGGUUAUUAUCAUCAUAAAUAUCUGUAAAGAAUCUUAUGCAUCGCAAUUAUCUCAAGAAUCUUGUUCAGCUCUAGUUUUAGGCCUAGGGAUAUUUGCUGAUCAGUAACAUGGCAAAUAUCACAUACAGAGAUCCAGAGCUAGAAGAGAGUUUCUCCUUCAGUGGCUGCUAUGACUUCAACUCACCAUUCCAAUCAAUCUUCUUCGAUGAGAGCGACGACGAGAGCUACAUUGAAAUAGCCCUUGAACCCUCCCAGAAAAAUGGUCAUGGAGGUAUUAAUUGCUGGGCUGAUGAGGAAAUGGAGCUACGUAUAUCAUUUUCAUCUAGUGCUCCCUUCCAAGAACUCUCCACCAAAAAAAUCAGUAAUGAGCAUGAGUCUGCGGCCACAAUGCCAUCGUCUCCAUCAUCAACAACAUUCACAAUGAGCUCUUCUUCUCCUUCCAUGGAGAGUGGUCAACGGGAUGCACAAAUGGGGUCCAAGGCUUCUGCUUCUACUUGUAGAGCCCAAAAGGCCAUUAAAAGGAAGGUGCAGUUCCCUAAAGUGAACAGUGUUCUAAAUAUGUUAAAGCCCAGUUUGACGGUAUCAUCAGAGGCCGGUGAUGGAAAUGGCCAUCCGGCUAACAACAAUCAUUUGGAGCUUGUAAGCAGCAGCACCAUGAAAGGAUCAAAGACAGCAGCCAUGAGCAGUAAUGGGAUCGUGAUGAAGUUCUUGAUCAAAUUUCGAAACUUGAAGAUUCGAACUCUGCUUGCAUCAUUUAUGAAGUCCUGCCAAGUGAUUAACUCCCCCCAAGAGCCGAGGAAUACUGGGACACAUCAGAAGCUAAUGAAUCCAUUCGAUAAAUGGUUUGCGCAAGGAAGUAGCAGCAGCAACGUCUACUCAAACAACCUCUUUGGAGAAGGUGAGAGGUCAGGAGUAUUGGAGACGAAAAUGGAUACAGUUAGAGGAGUUGUGGAAACGAUGAGUAGCAGCAGUAGCGUUGGCCGCGAAGAUAGAAAAUUUAGAAGUUGCCCAAGCCCUGCAAAAUCCUCCCCAGUUCACCAAGAACUCUCAAGUGAUGAUCAGAAUCAUAAAAUAUGUCCUAAAGAUAACUCGAUUCAGGCGGCUAUUGCUCAUUGUAAGAGAUCGUUGGGUCCAAAAACUGUCUGAUUUUGUCUUCCUUAAAUUUGUCCUCUCUGCAUGUUGGAAUUUAUGUAUCUUUGUGAGAA